CAAAAGGUUGCCAUUUGCAGACAGAACUGGAGUUUGACACCCCUGCUAGUACAACGUCUGACUCACUGCAGGUCCCAGUUAGGGUCAGUGUUCACGAUUUAACAUUAAGAACGAGGGACUGGGCAAAAAUGGGCUACAGAGAAGAGUUUCAAGGCCAAAGCCACUUCUGAACAAAAGGAACACAAAGGUCUGUCUUAUAUUUACCUAAAAACCUCUUGAUGAUCCCCGAGACCAGCCAUCAGUUUGUCACACUUAUGCUAUGCAGCAGGACAGUAAUAAUAAAAAAAAAAAACAGUUUUCUUUUUUGUUGAUUUCAUUGUUUUUGUUGUCAUUUGGAGCUUCUGCUGUGUCCUAGUCUGAGGUGCAGCAACAUCAUCACCUCCUUGGAGGUUUAGGGUUAGGGUUGCUCUCUGAUGGCCACCCACUUAGCUGAUUAAAAAAUGUUGCCAGCUAUUAAGAAAUGACCAAAAAGGGGAUUAUCUAACAGCUCAGAGUUAAGCGGUGUCUGAGUAGAAAAGGCUUUGUAAGCAGUUAUUGUGUGACCAGGCAACAGCAGCAGGAGGAGCCACUGCAGUCUGAUGGAGAUGAAGGUUAGCUCCCAGUUAGACCUGUUCAGCUCGUUCCUCAGUAGAAACCUUAAACAUCGAGCUGAGUUGGUGAAGAAGAGAAUGUCUUGUUCUGCAUGUAGCUUUUGGUUCGGAUUAAGGAGUUUUUCUUAAUGAAGUAGAAUAUUUGUUAAAGUGUUUCUCCUGAUUUUUGGACAGUUUUUUUUAUGAUCAAAAAAGCAGAAUCGGGAUGCUUUGCAAACCGAGAUGAGUUUGGGGUAAUUAAAAGUCAGAACCGCUGACAGACGUUGGUCCGAGCCAGCGGUUUGACCUACCAGAGGUCCUGGUCGGUUUCCCUGCUGUGGAGUGGAGCUGGGGGAAUGCCAGGACAUUCCGAGCGUCACUUUCUGUACAGCCGGCCCACUUCUCUCUCCUUUAGCAUUUUUCUCUAAAGAAAAAAGUCAGGAGUAGAAGGAAGUACCGUUGCUCAGCGACAAAUUUUCUCUCUUUAUUUCGUUCUUGGAGGAGAAAGGACUGCGAGUCUUUAUAGCACUGUCACAGUGUAGCUCAUAUAUGUCAAGCAUCUCUGGUUUAUUUUAAAAUGGACCAUGUGAAAAUGCAGGAGGCAGAAGAGAACAGGGAAAUGCAUCCCAUGUGGCAGGGACCCCUUGUGGUACCAGGAGGCGAUCGUCAGUCUCCCAUAGACAUCGCUGUGAGAAAAACCGUCUUUGAUUCGGAGCUGAAACCUCUUGUGCCCACCUACGAUCCGCAGACCUGCCAGCAAAUCUGGAAUAAUGGUUAUUCCUUUCUGGUCGAGUAUGACGACACCACAGACAAGAACUCAUUGAAGGGAGGUCCAUUGCAAGACAAAUUUCGGCUGUGUCAGUUCCAUUUCCACUGGGGUGAGUCCAAUGACUGGGGCUCAGAGCACACUGUGGACCGAAGGCUGUUUCCUGCAGAGCUCCAUUUGGUCCACUGGAACUCUGACAGGUACACUCUGUUCGAGGAAGCAGUGAUGGAGGAGAACGGACUCGCUGUUAUCGGAGUUUUUCUGAAGGUGGGAAAGAGACACGAGGGGCUACAGAAGCUGGUCGACGCUCUGCCUGCUAUCAGACACAAGGACAGCAUAGUGGAGUUCAACCGGUUCGAUCCAGGUUGUCUUUUACCCGCCAACAUCAAUGACUACUGGACAUACCAUGGCUCUCUGACCACGCCCCCUCUGACUGAAUCUGUCUCCUGGAUCAUCAUGAAACAGCACAUAGAAGUCAGCCAUGACCAGCUGGCAGUCUUCCGGAGCCUUUUGUUCACCUCAGCUGAGGAAGUCCAGAAGAGCAUGGUGAACAACUUCCGGGUGCAGCAGCCGCUAAGAAGUCGCACCGUCCGCUCCUCCUUCACUCCCUUCCUGCAGGAGGCGCCGUAGGCUAGAGGUGGCAAGCAGUGAUACGGAUGCGGUUUCCUCUGGGGAGCUUUAUGUUGUUUUUAAUUUCAGUACAAUCAUUUUCUGUUUUAUUCUAAUGAACAGUUUUAAACAGAGGAUGGAGGAAGACCUGUAUGGUUAGAGAUUUAUUUCCACUCAGAUUUUAGUUUGAUUCUUCAGACUGAUUCUCAAUAAGGAAAAAAAGAGUUACUGAGGGGGAUUUUAUUCACUAAAAUCAUUUUAACAAUUUUAUUAUCCUAAAUUGUAUUUAUUCUACAUUUUGUUAGGUUUGUUUUAGAGUUCCAGCCUGCAGCUCAGUGCAUGGAGUCUCAUUGACCUGCAGGUUCCAUAGAAACUCAACAUGGCAAAUAUACUGCAGCUGCUUCCUGUUUACAACAAAAUGCCCUCGAGAUUUUUACGAAAAACCCACAAAAAUAUCCCAAAUCAUCUGGCAUUUUCAAAGUCAAUCCCGAAAUGCUGAUUUUUUUUUCACUGAAUGUUUUCUUCUUCUGUUACAAAGAGAUCACUCUGAAUAUGUCUGACAUUCAGAACCAAGUUUGACUCAUUUUUUACUUUUAAACAGAGUUUUAUUUACUCUUGUCAGCAUUUGUUAUUAAGACGCACAAACAUGCAACGUUACAACACAUGCGUGCAUUUUAAGAAAUCACUGUGUGACAAUGAAAUGGGAGCAAAGCAUGAAAUUCUACAAACUGUAGUGCCUUAAAUGUUCUAAUUUCUCUUUUGUUUCCUGAGAUGUUCAGAGCAAGUGUCUAAAUCUUUUAGGUAUGUAUGUAAUCCUCACUUGAUUUGUCUUUUCUUAUACUUUACAGAAUUAAAAGCAACAUUAAAGCCGGUGUUUGAGCGCAGUAGAGAAAUUAAGUCAAUCUUGACAGGAAGUCCAGGUCAUCUGCCUUCAACAGGCUGAUGUUGUCAUCUGUCUGCUUUAAUUCGACUGAUCCAAUCAAGUAAAUAAAACUAAUCAGAUUUUAGUUUCUAGGACUGAGAAAGUGUAUUCUCUUAAACUGCUGUGAUGGUGUUUUUUGUUUUGUUUUAACAUGGCCUUUAUGGCUCACCCCCAGGGUGCCAUGGCCUCGGCGUGACACGAAAACUGAAGGAAAAUAUCGCUGUACACUGGCUAGCGACGCUGAAGUUGGUGUCUGAUUCACAGCUUCCAAAUCAUAUUUCUUUUUUUUUCUUAAGGAAGCCUAGAUUAGAUUUAAUCACGUCUAAUUCAAAAUCCAAAAUACUUAGACUGGUGAAACAGUUGAGGUGACACUGAUGCACUGGAACCACAGUUUGUAUAUGUACCUGCAGUGCCUUUCAUAUAAGAUUUACCACGGCAAAAUCAAACUCGCAUUGCUCAAACAGUGUCUACUUGAAGUUACGGCCUUCAUCAUCCGUAUGUAUUGUUUUUGCAAAUUGCAGACAUUUAAGCUACUGCAGCUGUCCUGCUUGUAUUACACCCAGUGUACAACUGUGUCCUGCAGAUUUUGUUUAGAGGAGGAUUUUGCAAUACUUGCCAGCUUAAGCAAUAUUUUAUCUAAAGCAGUUCUUCCGUUCAGCCUUCUUCCUGCUUUGGGUCACACCCGUCAGUUGUUGUUUCCGUGCACCUCUGUUAGAAAGAUAAACUUUAAGUUAGAGCAGCAGAAAUGGGACAUAACGUCACAAGUCCUCUUGCAUUGGCAGCCUGAGAAGUUUAAUCUGAAUUAUGGUCAAGUUGAGCACAGGCGAGAGGCUACCAUCCAUGUAAUCCCUCUUUAACAAUGAGGCUAUCCAAACUCCCACCGAUGACCCUAUGGGUCGGUGCAGCUUCAGGGUGACGGUGCAUGCUGAACAGACGUGAAAUGCACCAAGUGAUGGUGACUUGUUAUGAAUGCUUCAGAAUAGCUGGAUAAACACCACUGGGGCCACAGCAGGAUGGAAAGAUUGGUGUUUGGUUUGGUGAUGUCUUAUCUUCUAUCUUUAAUGCAUUAAGCUAACGGAGUAAAGGGACCCAGAGCUGCUUUUAUCCUGGAGCUGUGCACCAUCACCUCCCGUUUCGUCAUUGAAGUUAAUUUCUUUCCCUUUUUUCAUUGCCAUGCUGUUACUAUAAUAUACUUAAAUGCUGAUGCUCAAUCAUGUAUGACCUUUUGUGUCUCACUUGCAGUCUGUAAAGAUCUGUUUACUUGUUUCCUGAUAUUUGCAUAACUGUAACCUGUGAAGACGUUUGAAAUACUUCAUCGCCUGAUUUGUCUCAUUGUUGGCCUUUCUGAUCUGAAGUAUAACUGAACAUGUGCAUCAUCUGCAGCCCUAUUGCAUGUUUGAGCAGCUGUAAGUUGUUUUCACUGUAACUGUAAGCAGUUCAUAUUUUCGCUGUUUAUUUGUCCAGUGUUCAGCCUACAUUCCCACCCCCUGGUGUCCCGCUGGGUGCCUCCCCUCCUGCCAGCAUGCCUUCCUCCACCUGCAUGGCUUCUUUAAGAUUCCCAUCCAGCUGUGGAACCAGUACAAUUCUUGCUUUUCUAGAUGAGGGGAAAACUGUAAACCACUCAUAAUUGUCUAGAUGUACAUUAGAUUUUAAACAGACAGUAAUGUCCAAUGUUUAACAAUAAAGUAAUAUAUCUGUAAA